CCAAGGACCCUGUGACCUUUGACGACGUGGCCGUGUACUUCUCCCUGGAGGAGUGGGGGCUCCUGGACGAGGCUCAGAGACGCCUGUACCACGAGGUGAUGCUGGAGAACUUGGCCCUUGCAUCCUCUCUGGGUCCCUGCUGUGGAUCAGAGGAUGCAGAUGCUCCCUGUGAACAGAGUGCUUCUGUAGGAGGGUCACCGUCCAGCCCCUCCAAGGCGGCUGUGUCUUCCCUGAAGACCCACUUCUGUGAGAGCUGUGGUCCCAUCUUGAGAGACAUAUUCCAGUUGGCUGAGCACCAAGGAACACCACGCAGCCAGAACGUGGUCAGGUGUGGGAGACUUCACAAAGGACAAAGGCCUUAUGAGUGCAGUGAAUGUGGGAAAUCAUUUAUCGUUCAUUCCAGACUUCGUUAUCAUCAGAGACUUCACACUGGAGUAAGUCCUUAAAGCAGUGAUGGCGAACCAACGCGAACUCAUUUUUUUGGUUGAUUUUUCUUUGUUAAA